AAUAAAUACAUAUAGACAUACAAUAAAAAAGAAGGAAAAAAAAUGGAACUUACACCUAAGCAGUUACAUUAUUUUAAACGAGAAUUAAUUACACAGCAACUUGAAAAAGAAAUCAAUUUAAUUUCUACAAAUCCUAAUAUUAUAAACGAUGAAGGACAAGAGGUAUUAGAAUCAAGGACACUUCCAUUUCUAUCUUAUAUUUUUCAUCAUAUUAUUGUUGAAUUUCCUUUAUUGAAACAUCAUACGAGUGAUCAACAAUUUUGGUCAAAAUGUAGACUCUUUCUAAAUGAAAUGAAUAAAGUUCAAUUAUCUUCAUUUUAUACACCUCGUACGACUGAGGGAAAUUUACAAAGAAAAUCGAUGCAGUCCAAGAUCCAAAAGUCACUCGUCUUUGCCUUCUGUGCGAGCAUCAAGACAAAGCAAGGUAAAGAAGAAAAUAUUCGAAUUCAUGACGGUAUGCUACAAGAAGAUCUUCCGAGGACUACGUUGCCUAUCCACUCCCCUUCUUUAUUCAAAGUAAAUAUUGUUGCUGUGCGAGAGAUCAAGACGAGGAGGACCCUGCGAGAGGUCUCUCAUGCCGAGUUCAUUAUCGAGACCUUAUUCGUGGAUGCAUCAGAACCCAUCUAUGUCGCUCGUCGUCAUGGUGAUUUUCGUCAUCUUAGAGAUCAGCUCAGACAUCAUUUUAAACACCUCGAUCUUCCAUUGGUCCCUACAAAAUCGAGUUCAAAUCAAGUUUCAUCUUCUCUGUAUCGAGAGAAUGAUAGGCUCCUAUUAAGAGCCUUUCUGUAUCAUCUUAUAGGUGAUCCAAUACGUAACGAAGAAGGGAUCAGUCAUCAACAACAACAAAUUCGAAGGAGUUCUAUGAUGAGAAAAUUCUUAACCAAGGAUCCGAUUGUGUUUACAUUAGAAGAAGAGGAGGAUAUAUUAAGACGAGAAGAGGCAGAUGAGGAAAGAUGGAUUCAAAAAGAAAGGCUUCAGCAAGAAUUAAACAAACGUGUAUACGAAUUAAAUGACACGUUAGAGCUGAUGAAGAAGGAUAUCAUGAAAAGAGGAGGAUUAAAGAGACUAUUUGAGAUUAUUAAGAACACAAAAUCCAUUGAAGAUUUACCACCUUCUUUAAAGAAAGUGUUUGAAUGGGGUAGAAUCAAUUUUGCAUUUGCCUUACAUAAGCAAUUUAUAACUUCAGAUACAGCCACAGAGAAUUUAAAUAAUUUGAAAAGGACACAUAGUUUAAUGCCUUAUAGAACCAUGUCACUCCUUCUUCGAUUUUCUAAUCCAAUGUCAAUGAUUAAAGGUAUAUUAGAUUUAUUUUUAGCCCAACCGUUUGGAGGAAGAAGUCUAUUUCAAAGAUUGAUUAUAUCAAAUAUGAAUGAAGAGGUUAAAGCACUUGAAAAACAAAUUGAUUUACUUGAAAAGAAAGUAAACGAUAAAGAGAUUUGUCAAAAAUUAUAUAAUGCAGUUAGAACACCUUUACCAAAAGAAUCUGAUUUGAAAACUUAUAAGACCCGUAUUAUGGAACUAACUUCAAUACUUGGUAAUCAUGAAAUAAAGCCUAUCCUUUCAAAUGAACAAUUAAUAAAGGUAGCUACAUUGGAUGAGACAGAUGAAAAGAAGAAAUGGAUGAAAUAUAUAAAUCACCUGUGGGAGCUCUAUACAAAUCAAUAUGAACAAGAACUAAUGAUUCAUUUAGUCUUUCAAGGCAUUACAGGAGAUUUACUUAAAGAGCUUAUUUCGAUCUUUUAUCAGCCAUUAGCUCAAGUGUAUAAAGCAGCUGAUAUUAGUACGACUAUUAAACAUGUCUCUUCUUUUAUUGAUGAUUUAAUUCAUGUUAUUAUGGAUGAUCAAAAAGGAGUUGAGACGAAUAAGAGAAUUCAAUCAUUUAUUGAUCUUGUACAACGACAUGAACAUCACUUUUAUGAGUUUGUUCAUAACGUCCAUACACAAGAGGCUUCCUCUGUCUUUGAUGAAUUAAUUCAGUAUCUUGAUACUCUAUUUGAUUUUAUCUCUCAAGGAAUCCCUGGCCAGAUUGAUCUUGAUGAAUGCAUAGAGAAAGCAGCUAUUUCAUCUUUCCCUCAAGGACUUGAGCUUUUAAGAAAAGAGAUUGAUGCUAUCUGUGAAUAUCGAUAUAAGCAAAAGAUGCAUCAUUUUGAAAGACAGAAAUGUAGGAUGACAGCACAACAUGGCUUCCAUGAUUAUUCAACUAAGGAAGAUCAUGAUACUAAUUUCCUUCAAUAUGUAUUUAAAUCAAAUGAAAUUAUUAUUAGUGAUUUAGAAGAAUUUGAAUAUGAAGAUACAGAAAGUGAUUACAGUUAUAACAGUAGUAGUAAUAAUAGUGGUAGUGGUAGUAGUAGAAGUAGUAGUAGAAGAAGUAGUAAAAGUUAUCCUCCUAGUUUUACUACAAAUAGUAGUGGAUCCUUUCUAGAAUCCAGAAGAAAUAGUAUAGGAAUUCAAAAGCCUAUGUUAGAAAUGAUACCAAAGAUUACACCCGUUUUUGUAGAACAAGUUAUUUAUUUAAUGAAUCAAUAA